AGGGGGAGGAGGAGGUGGUGGUGGUGGUGGUGGCGGUGGGGGGGCAGGCGAAGGAGGCCCGGCGCCAGAACGAGCCCGAAAGCUCAGGAAACUCUGUGGACCGGAUUUGCCUGACUUUCGACUUUUUCUGGGUUUGUUUUGGAGGGUUGGAGGGGCGGCUUCGGAACUGUGACGCAGGGUUAAAUGAUCACGUCAGCCAGAAGAGUGUCUCCUGAUGUACCCGAAGUUCAGAUCUCCUUCAGCCUUGACCAUACAUCAGACACACGGGAUGCCGACAAGCUUGCGCAGACUUUCCCAGAACUUGAACAACGACUUCAGCCUGUGUCGCCGUGCGUGUCCCUGAAGGAGAGCGUGCACGUGUACAAGGAACACUGCAGGAUGGCGAAGGAAUUCCACCAAGUCAAGCACGACAUCGCCGCCCUGGAGGAACGCAAGUGUCAGCUCCUGGCCGAAUUGGUGGAGGACCAGAAGGUAGCGGCGGAGAUUUCCCGCCUGGAGGACGAGUUCCGGCGUCUGUCUGAGGAAAACCAAACACUAGUGACGAAGCAUGGUGAGCGGUCGCGGCAACUGCAGCGGCUACGCAGGACCAACUCGUCCUGACUGUACACUUAUCUGGAAACUUUUUUUUUUUUUUUUUUUGAAACAAACCACACACAAAUGCUAUGUCGUCGUUGGUUUUUGGAGCUCCGAUGUUAAGGGCCAUCUUUGUGGAAGCAAAGAUUAGCAUUGAAGCGCACGUUAGCCGCUACGUUGGUGUAUUCACGGGAGCUGCAGCGAUGUGGUCCAAACGGACUUGAAGGCGGCAUUUGUGGAGAUCAAAACUUGGGAACCAGGCCGGGAUUAUGUUCAGUGUGUGGAGGGUGCGUUUGAGAAAACUGGGAUUUCUGAACCGUCUACACCGCUGAUGUCAGACUUGAUUAUCUGUGUGUUGGUUUGGAUUCUGGUUAAGUUUGGCUUUGUAGGCUGAAAUACAAAUUUUUCACCAGGGACAGAUGACAGCGGGGCUUUUUUGUUUGUUUUUGUUUGUUCUUUAGUCUGUAAGGUUAAACAGAUUGAAUGUGCGGCCGGGACUGCGAGUUAUUUCCGCCACGCUUCACGUAAAUUAAUCACUUUUGUAAACUUGCUGACAGCUUGGUUCUGUUUGAUGAGUGAAAUGAAACGAAACGUUGUUAGUGGUUUGCGUUCGACAGGGGUCACGUCAGCCCUCGAGGCAGAAGUCUCUCUGAUGAACCGAAAAACAAAGAAACGGACAGAGCAAGGAAGCAUUGAGAGAUACAAACGAAAGUAGCUAGCCGCAACAGAGUAAGAGUCGUUUCUUUGGAACAGCUGGAGUAAAGGUGACAUGGAUGUUGCUUUAAAAACUACUCUGGCAAGUAGAACGAAUCCCAAAAGUUACCCGGCGUAGGUGUAACGGCGUACGAGCCACCUCCUGAGGGUUAUUGUGAUGCGUCACAAGUCAAGUUUGGGGAACUUGGCAGUAGAUUUCAAUAGUCGACGAGUCCGGUCACUCAUCGUAAUCGUCAAUCUCUAAGCCCCUCCCCCGCUCUCCAUUUGCAAAUGUCACACUUUCCCGUCACGGCGAGAAGGAAAAGAGGCGAGGUUGCGAUCGGUUGCCGGAUGAACGAACGGGAACGACGUCGGAGCUAAAUGGCGCAACAGCAAUCUUUCAAUAAACCGAAACUUGAUUCCAAGGA